ACCUCAGCAUUCCGACCGUCUUCGAUCAGAUGACAGCGAACUUCCAGAGCCGUUACCCGGAAGACGCGGAGCAGGUGACCGUGUUCCCGUGGACGUUGGUGGACUACCGCAUGUUCCUGGCACAGACCGUCGGACUGUCCGAGUACCGCGACUUCGCCAACUUCGGCGGCGUGCACGACGGGGAACUCUACUUUGUGGACAUCUAUCCACACGACACGUACGAACGAGGUGCCAACCUUGACAAUCUGCUUGAGAAAUGGGGAGAGUACUGGAAACGACUAUCAACUGAUGGGGCCAACCCAGCAUCGACCAACUUCAUGAUGCCGUACAAAGUACUGGGCAGCACCAGGACGUUCCUGCUAGUAUCGUGGCCUGGUAACGAGGCAGUGGACAGGAACCUGAACCAGUUCCCGAUGAUCAGCGAGUACGCAGACGCGAUAGACGUGGCGGUCAAGAGCAUCGUUCCCUUCGACGAAUACGAGCGCCAACUUCUGAGUGGUGUGCCCAGCCCUGGUCCCGGCCUGCCUGACAGAGACCGCGCGAGCGUCGCCACGUCGUCGUGCCGGUACGGAGGUCUGACCGACCCGCUGACGGGGCGCUGCCGCUGUAACAUCGCCUGCCCGCGGGACCGCCGCCCCGUGUGCGGGUCCAAUGGCAGGGAGUACGCCAACGCCUGCAUGCUGCGAUUCGACUCCUGCGAGAGGCAGCAGACCAUAGACAACAUCGGGUCUCCGCCGUGUGGAGCAGAUAACAGCGUGGUGUACAGCGGGUACCUGUACCAGCUGAAUGUCACAGUGAAGGUCACGGACAGCACAUCUGUAAUCGAGUACGGCAAACAGCUCCGCGACUCCUUCAGCACUACCCUGAAGGAACCGGAGGACAGCAUCCUCUACAUGCUGCUGGUAAACGGAGAGCCUACUUUCCUGAUAUUUGUAAACGUCUCCGUGCCAACGACCCUUGACCUGAUGAUGCAUAACUACCUGGUGACGUAUCCCGACGCCGCAGAACACGUAACCAUGACAACCACACCUCUGUCGUCCUACGAGGCUUUCCUGGCGACGACAGUUCUCGUCCGCGAGAAGAAAACGCUGAAACAGUUCGGCGGUGUCCGCAGUGGAGACUUGUACCUUGUGGAUAUGCACUUAGAGGAUACAAACCUGAACAUGGAGAGAAUAUACACCACCAUCGCCGAUGACGCCAAGGCCCUGGCCGCUAACCGACCUUACCCAGAAUCCUCCUCUCUCCUGCAUCCCUUCAAGGUCGUGGGGAGCCUCAGGGAUAUGAUCCUGAUGUCGGCGCCCAGUAAUGAGUUCAUCGACACGCACUUGAGCCGCCUGCCGCGCUUCAAGCAGUUCGGGGACCGUCUGCAGGUCACGGUCAGGGGCGUGGCGAUGUUCGACGACGUCGAGGAACAGAUCGAAGAGAGGAACGGGGCGCCGGCCGCCAUCUCUGCGUCCACGGCGUACGGGGAGCACCAGGUCAGCGGCUACAACAACAACAACGGCGGCAGGUGUCGCUACGGCGGCACCAGGGACAGAUCCGGACAGUGCAAGUGCAGCGAGGUGUGCCACGUGGACUCGGCGCCUGUGUGCGGCUCAGACGGAAAGGAGUACUCGAGCCCGUGUGCGUUAGAGGUGCAGGCCUGCAAACAGCAGAGAGCUAUCGACGUCAUCGGCACUCCACCAUGUGGAGAUAUCCAGUACAGCGGGUUCCUGUACCUGUUAGAGAUCUCAGUCGUCCCUUCGGCAGCGUAUGACGAGGGCGUGGUUCACAUCGGGCAGACCCUGCAGUACUCCUUCUCAGAGACACUCAAGAACCCGAGGGACUCCAUUAUACACAUGCUGAAGGUGGAUGCUGAACCGAAAUACCUUAUAUACGUGAAUGUCUCGUCGCCCGACAUGGUGAGCACGCUGCUGUACAACUACUGGCGGACCGAGCCCGCGCUGGCUGCCCGCAUGACGGUCAGAACCACGCCGCUGGCGCACUACCACGCCUUCCUGGCGACCACGGGCGGGGUGGACGACAUGGACGUGCUGAAGGCGUUCGGAGGCAGGCAGAGCGAGUGGAUGUACCACAUCGACAUUAAUGCUAAAAACACGGGCGUGUCGAUGAAGGAGCUUGUGUCUAAGUGGGUAGAAGACGCGGAGUUCCUGUCGCAGCGAGACACAGACACAGCUGACUACUUCCAGCCCUACAAGGUCGUAGGAAGCACAAGAAUGGUUAUCGUGUUUUCCUCGGAGCGAAACGAGGCCGUAGAUCGGUUCCUGUACAAACUCCCACAAUUCCAAGAGUUCGUUGACACCAUCGAGGUCAGAGUUCACAGCGUGGCCACAUUCAAAGAGUACGAAAGACAGCUGCUCAUACAGAACUAAACACUAAACACAUCUGCUCAUAAUGAGAAGAAAGGGGGUUUCACUAGUUUUAGUUUAAAAGAUAACUUUUGCGUUUAACUGUUUGUAAGUUCAUGUGUUCGUUCAUGUGUUUGUUUCUGCCAUAUGUUGAGAUGAUGUUUAGGUGAUGGCAAAAUGUAAUGUUUGAUUCUGUUGUUACUAAUCUAAGAGGAAGCAAGGCUCUAAAGGCAGACGUGUGUGUUUAGUGUUGAGUGUUUGUGCUCUUUUUUACAGCUUUCAAAUGAUGCAACGAAAUUCACAACCACUUGUUUACAAGAGCCAGACGUUUCGAUGACCGUCUGUCAUCUUCAUCAGGGCUACAGUGAAUGGCUCUUUGUGCACUUAAGCUUCAGUGAACCAGUCAUAAUUGUCCUGAUGAAGAUGACAGACGGUCAUCGAAACGUCGGCUCUUGUCAAACAAGUGAUUGUGAAUAAGAAACAUUGAUAUUCAAUCAUUCACGAACCUGAUGAAAAUACGUAUUUAAAAGUAAUGCAUUUUCUCAGUGAGCACUUCACCAUACUUGAAAGCGGCACAGAAAGAGCAAAAUGACUCAAAAGAACGACACAGAACCCCACGUCUGCUUAGAGUUUAGAGCAAUCAGUUGAGGCCAGUUCCUUUAAGGCCGGUGCCGAUUAUGCCUUCAAGAUUAUGUUUCGUUAAGGAGAUAGCAUCGUAGUAUAUAGAUGAUCAGACUAGAAUAUUUCAUGUGAUGUCUUCAAGAUUUGUUUUUGAAAGAGUGUUGCCUUAGCCUGGAAUCCAGCCAUCAAAGCAGUACUCUCUCUUUGAAGACAAAGCAAAGGUAGCUUGGAGCGGAUGUAACGUAGC